ACCGCGUGUGUUGAUUUCUUUCCAGUAAACAACACAUAACAGGUAAAACAGCUUUUUAUUUGUACAGAUUCUGAACACUUACUACUUACUUGUUAAGCUGGAUUCUUCAGACCACAGAACAUUUAUUCAAAAUUGAAUACAACGCUGAACGUAAGCAACCGUAUCACGCGGCGCGCGACGAUCACCGCGCGAGCUCGUGUUCGAGGCGCUUCACAAGAGCAGUAAUUUUUUUUCUAGCCGGUGUACCAAGCCUCGCAGUCCAUUUGCCAUCUACCUGACACAAUGAUUUCAAUCCAAGAUUGCCGCAUACUGUCGAUCCAAAGUCACGUCGUUUCCGGCUACGUUGGAAACAAAUGCAUCGCUUUCCCGCUGCAGAUCUUGGGAUUCGACGUGGACACGGUGGAUACGGUGCAGUUUUCCAACCACACGGGUUACCCGGUAUGGAAAGGUCAGGUAACCGACACCGACGACUUGGAGGCAAUUCUGAGUAAUCUCGACACGUCUGUCUACACGCACGUCAUGACGGGCUACAUUUCGUCGGGAGCGCUGCUUGAGCGUGUACGCGACCUCGUCGCCGAAAUGAAGAAGGCCAACCCCGAAGUGGUCUACGUGUGCGAUCCAGUAAUGGGUGACCACGGUUUUCUUUACGUCCCUGCCGAAUUGGUGCCCAUCUACAAGAGAGACCUACUACCAAUGGCCGACAUUGUUACGCCAAAUCAGUUCGAAAGCGAGCUCUUAACCGGCAUCAUGAUCCGCGACGAAGGGGCAGCGCUCGACGCUAUGGAAGCACUGCACGUAAUGGGCGCCACGUCGGUCGUCAUUACGUCGACUACGGUAGAGAACAACGCGAACACGCUGGUCGUAUUCGCCAGCAAGCGCACCGGGGACAGGAUGACUUCACUGCGGGUGGACGUGCCGCGCAUGGACGCGCAAUUCUGCGGAACGGGCGACCUAUUUGCAGCCAUUUUAGUCGGCUGGAUGACCAAGUCGAACAACAACUUGCGCGUAUCUGUAGAGAAGACUGUAUCUACCAUACAAGCAGUGCUAAAGAAGACCUACAGACAUGCCCAGAACAUGCACACAGAGACGGAGCUCAAGUACACCAGCCACGAGUUAGAGUUGCGGCUUGUUCAAAGCAAAGACGAGAUAGAGGAGCCACCGCAGAACUUCAAGUCCGUGGCUCUCACCUAAAGUUGUUGC